CCGGCCUGCGGGCGGGGCGGGGGCGGCGCUGCCGGGCCGGUGGCUGGGGUACCCGGCCCGGGUCCGAGUGCGGUCCCGGUCCCAGUCCGGCCCCUAGGCGCUGCCGGAGGGCGCGGAGCGCGUCCGUCUUCGUCGCAGCUUUGCCCUCAGCUUCCCGGGAGCUGGAGCCGCUCUGCUCGGAGCUCGCAGUCUGCCCGCUCGUAGUGCUGCGGAGAGCGCGGGCGAAGAGGUCUGCCUCCUACCGCUGCGCUGAGUCCUCUGCCAUCCGUCCGUGCUACAAGCGGGCACCGCUUUCCGAAGGGGCUGCACGCACGGUGCCCGCAUGUCGUGCGGGCUGAAAGGCGCCCUGCAACCCGAGAAGGACGAAUCGGCAGCCGGGUCCGCCGCCGGGCAGCGGUGCGGUGAGAAGAUGAGGUGCAAAGGAAGGCUCGAGCGGGGUGCGGCUGACCCGGACCCAGGGGGAGAAGCAACAGAGCUGGUGACGGGGGCGCUCGGACGGCCUUCGUGAACUGACGGAGCUGACCUGGAAAGCGCUGGGAUCACAACAUUUCUUCUGGAAGAGUAAGCUCUGAUGGGAACAAGAAUGCUCAGGAUGCCCAACUGCCUGCUAAAGCUGACCCGGGUGGUGCUUGGCCACAAGCUCAGAACUCUCUUCAUCCUUGCCUUUAAGUUCAUGUCCUUUGUCUCCAUCAUGUUGUACUGGAGGAUCACGGAGGACUCUAAGGACAGGGACCAAGUCUACUUGCCUGUUCAGAUCCGCUGUGCUCACUCUGUUCCCUCUCCUCCCUGUGCUGUUGCUGGUGAACCUCCUCCUCCCCCAGGAGAUGUGUUUUUUGUGGAGACCUCUGAACGAACCAACCCAAAUUACCUAUUCAUGUGCUCUGUGGAGUCAGCUGCCCGGACGCACCCAGGGACGAGGGUCGUGGUGCUCAUGAAAGGCCUGGCAAACAGAAAUGCCUCAUUACCCAACCACUGGGGCUUCUCAUUGCUAAGCUGCUUCCCCAAUGUGGAAAUCCGUCCCUUGGAUUUGUCGGAGCUAUUCUCUGGGACACCUCUAGCAAAGUGGUACUUGCAGGCUCAGCAGCGCUGGGAACCUUAUUUCCUACCCAUCCUGUCUGACGCCUGCAGAAUUGCCAUCAUGUGGAAGUUUGGGGGCAUCUACCUGGACACAGACUUCAUUGUGCUUAAGAACUUAAAGAACCUCACCAAUGUGCUCGGCACCCAGUCCAAGUAUGUACUGAAUGGAGCCUUUCUGUCCUUUACACCCAAACACAAGUUCAUAGAGCUUUGUAUGCAGGACUUUGUGGAGAACUACAACAGCUGGAUCUGGGGGCAUCAAGGCCCACAGCUCCUAACGCGUGUCUUUAAGAAGUGGUGUUCCAUCAGGAGUCUUCGGAGCAGUAAGAGCUGCAAAGGGGUGAGUGCUCUGCCCCGAGAGGCUUUUUAUCCCAUUCGGUGGCAGGACUGGAAGAAAUACUUUGAAGCAGUCAGCUCCACUGAGCUGAAUGAACUGCUGAAGAACACCUAUGCUGUGCAUGUAUGGAACAAGAAGAGCCAAGGGACAAGGCUAGAGAUCACAUCGCAGGCUUUGCUGGCUCAGCUGCAUUCUCAUUUCUGCCCUGCCACAUAUGAUGUCUUGAAGAUGGACUUUAAAUGGCACUGACUCCAAGGAUCAGCUAACAGAUAUUGCCUGGGACCUCCCGACCAUUCAACUGUUUCAUUUCAGAUAAACUUUUUUUGAAGUGAAGGUGGUGGGAGUUGAGGAUAAAAGCCAUCUGUGAGGUUUAGAUGGAGCCUGUAUUUUCAGCCCAUCUGUGCAGCUCUUUGUCUUGACUUUAACAAUAUUUUGAUUCUCUGCAGGACCCACCUUCUGCUCUCCUCAGUUAGGUGGAGGAAUCUCAGGAUGAGGAGUGAGUGCUGGGCCACUUGUGGCAGCCUCCAUAAACCUCUUGAAGAUUAAGACUCCUUUCUGUAGAUGCAGAUCUGGAAGGGGCCUUGUAGAAACAAGUAUCUCAUCCUCUGUUACUGCCUCAAAGCAACAAAAGGAUGGGAGAGCAAAGAACAGGAACUGAAGAGCUUAAGGGUGUGCUUGAAGAGGUGUCUUAAGAAAAAAUGUGAAGGAAAACAGAGAUGAAAGGUGAAACGGCUAAAGUGAUGUUUUUCUUUUCAUUCCUUUUUGUUCUGAAGACUUUGAUGGAAGAGACCUUCUCAUGGUACUUGUCCAAGGAGAGAAUAGGACAUUGGAGUCUCUUUAGUGUUGUGGGUCUAAAGAUUUGCUUUGAAAUUUGGCGUGAAUCAGGACGAGAGGAUCUGAGUCUCGUUCAUCAUUUAAAAAGAGUUCUUGCACAGCAGUGAUUUGUGGUAUAGUAACAGCAAAUUAACUCUCCUGUAAUGAGCAGGAGAGCUCUCCCAAAUCACAUCUUAAAUUGCAUGUAACACAGGAAGAGCCGAUAUGUCUUUUACACUGGGCUUGUAAGUGUGACCAAAUUUUCCUAACUGCAUCUAUGAUCUUUCAGUGUUUAAACUGAUCCAAAAGGGGAAGAAGUGAUACUUCCAAGUAUUCCCAAAGUUACAGAGAGUGUGGUGGAAACCUUUACUGUCUAAAUUCAAGUUCAGGAACUGAGUCAUUUAUGAUGGACUUCUUCAGGUAGCCUCCAGCUAGCUCCAGCCCUCCUCCAGUUCACUAUUCAUUGUGCAGGAGUGUAAAUCUCUCCUGGGAGGUCUGGAGAAGUGCAGUGAAAAGAUUUACUCUUCUCCUCUGAGCAUGUGACUGAAUUAUGAUGGAGAACGUUAAUGUAUCACUCUUACGGUGCUGUUGUGUCUUUGAUGGUUCCACCAUAGAGGCAAAUUUGUUGGACACGCGAUGGCAAAAAAAAAUUGUCCUUUGCUUUGAUAGCCAAAAGGAUGUGCUCUUACAGUUCAUUAUAUAAAAACAUCAGAGAAAGAGCAGCAGGAAGCAAAAGUAAGGUAGAAACCAUAAGCUUCCUUGUAUCUGUUCCUCACCACAACCUAAAGGGUUUUUCUCAGACACGUGACACAGUGGAGUUGACAGAGGUGAACAAAUUAUUGGCCAUCCCCUCUCCUACAGUGAUCUCAUUGUAAAAUCUUUUCUGCCUUUAGUGUGGGGAUUUUCUUACCCCCAGGAACAGCAGUGGGGUACUCCAGUGACCCUUCUGGUGGCCAUGAGUCAGUGAGAUUUCCAGUGUCAUGAAGCCUCAUAGCAAGAGCUCUUAAAAGGAGUGCUACCUGCAAGUCCUUUGAGGGUGAUGUAGAUAAUUGCUAGGUUUGCAGUUUUCUGAAGCCUCUUCUGUUUCCCAUGUCAAACAGAAACAAGGCGAGGUUUGUUCAACUUAGUCAAAAGUAAAAGACCGUGCACGCAAUGACAACAUUUCUCAGGUUGUCUUGGGUUUAUUUCUCUUUUUUGGAGGAUAAAAACAAGAAAGCCAAAUUGCCUAUCACUUUUCCACAACAGUUCCC